UGGCCCCGCCCGCGGAUCAGCUGAGGGACCCGCAAUGUCUGUUGACAGCCGCGGCGGUGCCGCCGGUUCCGGGUUCGGCGCGGGCCGGGGGAUGUGACUUCGAUGGAGCGGCCCGAGGAAGGCGAGCAGCCGUCGCCGCAGAAGCCCUGGGGGAGGCUCCGCCGGCUGGGCGCAGACGAGGGCGAGCCGCACGUUCUGCUAUGGAAGCGGGAGUGGACCAUCGGGCGGAGGAAAGGUUGUGACCUUUCAUUCCCCAGCAACAAACUGGUUUCUGGAGAUCACUGUAAACUUGUAGUGGAUGAAAAAUCUGGUCAGGUGACACUGGAGGACACCAGCACAAAUGGAACAGUAAUUAAUAAACUGAAGGUUGUUAACAAGCAGACUUGUCCUUUACAGACUGGGGAUGUCAUCUACUUGGUGUACAGGAAGAAUGAGCCAGAACACAAUGUGGCAUACCUGUACGAAUCUUUAAGUGAAAAGCAAAGCCUGACACAGGAAUCCUUUGAAGCGAAUAAAGAAAACGUGUUCCACACGACCAAAGAUACCUCAGGUACAGUACGAGGUGAUGAUGCCCAAGCCCUGCCAUCGUCACCCCUAACUCAGGCGUGCUUUGAGGAACCACAGCCAUCAACGUCGACAUCGGACCUCUUCCCUACGGCCUCUACCUCUUCCACAGAGCCUACUUCUGCAGGGCAGGAGCAUUCCUCCAGUUCUGGGGCCGGGAGUACAGACAUCUCCCUGAAAGGAUGUGGUUCAUUUGCAGCAAAUGAUGAAGACUUCUCCAGCGAGGCCUCAGUCUUCCCAGACAGAGAAGGAACAGUCUUUGGUGUGCCGGAACCCCAGGAUCGCGAGGAGUUCGAGCCCAUUAAAAAGAAAAUGAAAGGAGAUGAGGAGCUUGACCUGAAGCUGCAGUUGCUGGCCACAGACCAGCACAAAAGCACUCCAGCCACCUAUGAGGAUGUGAGAGCCACAGCCAUGAAGCCAGACAAGAUGGAAGAAACGCUCACAUGCAUCAUCUGCCAGGACCUGCUGCAUGACUGUGUGAGUUUGCAGCCCUGCAUGCACACGUUCUGCGCAGCUUGCUACUCCGGCUGGAUGGAGCGCUCAUCCCUAUGUCCCACUUGCCGUUGUCCGGUGGAGAGAAUCUGUAAAAACCACAUCCUGAACAACCUUGUGGAGGCAUACCUUAUCCAGCACCCAGAUAAGAGUCGCAGUGAAGAAGACGUGCGAAGUAUGGAUGCCAGGAAUAAAAUCACUCAAGACAUGCUGCAACCCAAAGUCAGGAGGUCCUUUUCUGAUGAAGAAGGGAGUUCAGAGGACCUGCUGGAGCUGUCAGAUGUUGACAGUGAAUCCUCAGACAUCAGGUAAGCUCCACCAGGCUCA